AUCACCCAAAUCAUUCAAUCUACCUUCGUGUAUUCCCCUUACCUGUGUAAUUAUCCAGGUCAAACUAUACCCCGUUGUAUUUAUUAUUAACUUAGUUGACAAAGUUGACUAAACAGUGCGUAUGAUGAAAUGAAAAAAAGGAAUAUUACUUAAAAUGUAAAAGAUUGGGAAAAAUUACAGCCACAGAAAAUGGGAGCAUUAGAGGAUCUUAAAGACCACGGAGGUAAAAUCUUCAAAGUCGGAUUAACUGAUGACUCACGUAUCCACCUACUGAACCGUCUAUACUGUGUCGUAGUACUCAUUGUGUUCGUCGUCAUCGUUAGUGCUAAACAAUAUGUCGGCGAACCUAUACAAUGCUGGUGCCCGGCAGUAUUUGAAAAAAGUCACGUGGCCUACACAAACAAUUACUGUUGGAUAGCCAACACGUAUUACGUUGACUUUGAAAGCUCAUUGCCAAUCGAGCGAGAAAUACGAGUUGAUAAAGAGAUAGAAUAUUAUCAGUGGGUUCCUUUGAUAUUUUUGUUACAAGCAUUGCUGUUUUAUUUGCCUCGUAUGGUUUGGAAACGAUUUGGUGGAGGUUCUUAUAUAAACGUUAAACAGAUCCUCCGCCGUGCAGAUGAAGCUGUUUUUAUGACUCAUUCGGAAAGAAAUGAAGCUUUGAACGACAUUGCUAUGUAUUUAGAUAAGUACAUAAAAGUCAGAAACUGUAUUUCAUCGCCUUAUAAGAAAAUGGAAACGGUCAAAACCAAAAUGGCGAACGCGGGAGUACAUUAUGGGAAUUAUCUCUGUUUCCUAUUCAUGGUGACUUCAUUUUUAUAUCUUGCAAACGCCGUCGCCCAAAUAAUCCUCGUCGAUGCAUUUUUGGGCAAUGAUUUUAAAACACUUGGCUUUCAUUUUUUAAAGUCUUUAUUUAGCGGCAAGUCUUUUGAAGACCAUCUCCGUUUUCCUCGAGUGACAUUUUGUGACCUUGACGUUCGACAGAUGACCAAUGUCCAAACGUGGACGGUUCAGUGUUCUUUGCCAAUAAAUCUUUUUAACGAAAAAAUAUUCUGCAUCAAUUGGAUGAUGCUUGUAUCUAUGGUUCUCAUAAAUGGAACAAAUUUUAUCUACAACUUGGUAGCCAUAUUUUUGCCUUUUCGUAAUAGAAAUUAUGUACGGAAGUUUUUAGAUAUGGAAGGUAUUCGUGAUGGCCGCCCCGAGGAGACACCUGAAUAUGAAGAGAAUCUCCAACAAAACUUUGUUUUCGAGUAUCUGCGUCAUGAUGGCGUCUUUCUCAUUUGGUUUGUCAGCAAUAAAACCAAUCAAGUAAUUGCAUCGGAAAUUGUAAUUAAACUGUGGAAAAACUACGUAAAAUCAGAAAGAUUCAAAGAACAAAAUAAAGGAAUUGGAAUUGAAAUGAAGAGGAACAAUGAAGCUUCUAACACGUGACAUCACACGUGACAUCAUUUUGGUCAUUGUCCAAUCAAAUCGCAUUUUAAAUCUGUCUUACUAGUAUUGCAAUAUAAUCGAGGCUGUUGUUUCUUAUGAACGGGGACGAAGUUAGUGAAAUAACACGAAUCUAGUUUCAGUAUAUUUUCAUUGUAUUUUCAUUGUUCUUUUUCUUGUUAAUCAUAUUAUACUUUACAAAUAA